AUGUAUUCUUCUCAUCCAAAUGAGUUUGAAACAUAUCACUCUCCCUCAGCUCCCUCAGCUCCAUCGGAAACCAUCACCUCUGGUCGGCCUCCUGCCACAGGCAUUCCACUCAAUACCGCAAGCUACAUCUAUGGUGAUAAUACUCAUCAAACACCACCACAGUUUGAGAGUAAAACUCCAGGAUUCUGGUCCACUGGUCUUUUUGACUGCUUCUCAGAUGUCCCAAAUUGUUGCUUAACUUGUUGGCUUCCAUGCAUAACGUUUGGACAAAUUGCAGAAAUUGUAGACAAAGGAACGACUUCUUGUGCAGCAAGUGGAGGGUUUUAUGGCCUGAUUUGUCUUGCACCUGGUUGCGGAUGCAUUUACUCUAGUUUCUAUCGUUCUAAGAUGAGGCAGCAAUAUAUGUUGCCUGAAAGCCCUCGUGGAGAUCGUCUUGUUCAUUUCUGCUGCGAAUUCUGUGCCUUGUGUCAAGAAUACCGUGAGCUCAGAAACCGUGGCUUUGAUAUGUCUCUUGGUUGGGAAGGAAAUAUGGAGAGACAAAACGGUGGAGUGAAGAUGGCACCAAUAUUUGGAGAAGGAAUGAAAAGAUGAGAACUGUUAUGCAGCUGUUUCCAUCCGGUGGCGGAAAGAUCAUAUUGCAGUCUUUUGCACAUUAUUUUCUUGUUGAAUAACUUUUGUCACGUCAACCCCUCAAGUUACAGCCUCUAGCUGCAGAAUAGAAUAUUCUUCCAAAAUUCUUUGUCAAAAUAACUAAGCUACAUAUUACCAGUUUGUAUUAAUAUCCACCUAAU